UACACAACCUUUGAAUAUUAAAACUUUGUUACUCUUUGAGUAUCAUAAAAUAGUGUGAUGCUAUUUUAGCCAAAUUCUUAAUUCUAUAUCUUAAGAGUGGUUAUCUUAAGUGUGAGUUUUAGGUUCUAGAUAUUUGAUUAAGUGUGUUAUAUCUUAAUUAAAUUCUAGAUUCAAACCCCAAGUUAAGAUAAGGGUGUGUAAUAUCUCUUAACACCAACUUGGUUUUAUCCAUUAUUAUUUUCUAUCCAUUUCUUUUCCCACCAUUUCUAUCCUUAAUCCCCUUUCUUUCCUCAUAUUAAAAUACCAAAAGAACUCCUUCAUCACCCCCAUAUUGUUCCAUCCAUUCCCCAAAUAAUCGAUUAUCAAAUAUAGAUAAUCGACUAUUGCACCCUUCUGAAUCCACUUGGCAAAAGCCGCAAGGCCCAAUAAUCGAUUGUCACACUUGUGUCAAUCGACUAUCCGGCAUCCCUGAAGUUCGUUUGUUUUGCAGCAUCACUACAUAAUUGAUUGUCAAAGCCCAUAAUCGAUUAUUGAGUGUCCCAGAACUCUGAAUCCAAAGCUGCAUCAUCCCUUGAUUCCUCCUUAAAAUAACAACUCAUUUAUACCCCGGGUCUCGGGUAUAACUGUAAGCUCCGAUAAAUUUUCAGACUUUUUUGUUGAUGUGACCUCAUUUAGAAGUGAGUUGAUCUCGGGUUCGAUAGGAGGCAUCUUUGUUCAUCGCUGCAAAGAACUUCUCUUUGAUACGAUCUCACAUCACAUCUUCGUCUAAUCAGAACCUUUAAGAAAUAUAUGAUUGAAUGAAAAAAAAUAUUUUAACAAAAAUAUAUAAAGAAAAAUAGACGAGGAGAGAGAAAAUAAAAGAAAUACUUGAAUUAUAUGUUCUUUUUAAGAAAGAGAGAGAUUUGUGUUUGUGGUGCGUGUUUUAUUUUUUUUAAAAAAUUAUGAAUUUAUAGAGUAAGAUUGGGGAUCGGAGGGGAGAAGGGUGCGUUCGAACAUUAAACGUUGGGCGGUGUUUAACGGCGGGGCGUUAAAAUCAGGAAAAACACCCCCAAAUGUUAUUAGUAUUUCCACUUCCCUGAUGUCACUCGACCAGAGGCGGUCUUUAAUUUGGCUCAAUGAUUAUAUAUGCUUAUUUCUCCACUUUUGAUUUUUUGUCUAAGUCUUUCUUUAGAGCAUCUCCAAGUGUGGAUUGUUUUUUUUUCCUCAAAAAAAAUAAAACAAAGAUGAGAGGCAAAGCGUUAAUUGCGAAAUAUUGUUUUCUAGUCUCGUGAAAAUCAACAAAAUUCAACUAUCUUAAUUAGCUAUAGAGAGAUUAAUCCUACCUGAUCCUCUUUCUUCUAAUUAUUCAAAUUUCGUUCAUCAAAUAACUGACUAUAAAUAUUCCGAGCAAACAUUUAACGUUGUAUGUCUCCACGCACAAACAAUAAUAUGAAUCCUCAAACUCUCUCCGACGUUGCCAUGCAUGCACACGUACACGUUCUUGUUGUGAUCGAAGAAUAGAAGGGGGGAAAAAAAAUCAAAUCUCGAAAGCAAAUCAAAUGGCGACGUCGGCGAACCCGAAAAAGACGGCCUCCGACGGCGGCGGCUCCGCCACGAACCGUCCCCCUCAGGGCGUGAAAUUCGCGCGGCGGACAUCGAGCGGCCGGGUCGUGAGCCUGCCGCGGGACGAGGACAUCGAGGUCCCGGGGGACUCGUCGUCGGCCGCCGCCGCCGCCGCACAGAACGACUACAUGAAUUACACAGUGAUGAUGCCGCCAACGCCGGACAACCAACCGGGUGGCGGCGGAGGGGAGAAGCCGGAGGGCGGCGGGGGAGGGGGGAAAGGGGAGCGGAGGAUGUCGGUGAUGAGCCGGAACAACAACAACAACAACAACAACAAGUCGAUGCUGGUGAGGAGCCAGACGGGGGACUUCGACCACAACCGUUGGCUGUUCGAAACCAAGGGCAAAUAUGGGAUUGGGAAUGCGUACUGGGAAGACGACGGGGACGCGUAUGAUCAUGACACCGGAAUGUCCAUUUCGGAUUUUAUGGACAAGCCAUGGAAGCCCAUUACCCGGAAAGUCCAGAUUUCCGGUGGAAUCAUUAGCCCUUACAGGUUACUGAUCGUGAUCCGACUGAUAGGUCUAUUUCUGUUUAUGGUGUGGCGAUUCAAGAACCCGAACGAGGAUGCCAUUUGGCUAUGGGCUAUAUCUAUAGUGUGUGAGGUCUGGUUUGCCUUUUCUUGGCUUCUUGACAUACUUCCUAAGGUCAAUCCCAUAGACCGGGCCGCCGACUUGGCCGCCCUCGCCGACAAGUUCGAGACCCCGUCCCCGUCUAACCCGGAAGGCCGCUCCGAUCUCCCCGGCGUCGAUGUCUUCAUUUCCACGGCUGACCCCGACAAAGAGCCCCCCCUUGUCACCGCCAACACUAUCCUCUCCAUUAUGGCGUGCGAGUACCCCGUGGAGAAGCUCUCCAUUUACAUCUCCGAUGACGGGGGAGCCAUCCUUACGUUCGAGGCCAUGGCCGAGGCCGUUGAGUUUGCAAAGGUUUGGGUGCCAUUCUGCCGGAAACACAACAUUGAGCCGAGAAACCCGGACAGUUACUUCAACCUGAAAAGGGAUCCGACCAAAGACAAGAAACGGCUAGAUUUCGUGAAGGAUCGGCGCUGGAUCAAGAGAGAGUACGACGAGUUCAAGGUGAGGAUCAACGGUUUGCCGGAAGUGAUAAAGAAAAGGUGCGACACGCACAACAAGAAGGAAGAAAUGAAGGAAAAGAUGUUGGCGAAGGAGAAGAACGGCGGGGUGAUUCCUCCGGGAGGGCCGAACCUCACCAACCCCGCCACAUGGAUGGCGGAUGCCACCCACUGGCCCGGGACAUGGUUCGACCCGAUAACCGAUCACAAAAAGGGGGACCACGCCGGGAUUCUACAAAUAAUGAGCAAGGUGCCGGAACACGACCCCGUAAUGGGGCAACCGGACGAGAAGACUCUAGACUUCACCGGAAUAGACACGCGACUUCCCAUGUUUGUGUACGUUUCGCGCGAGAAACGCCCCGGUUAUGACCACAACAAGAAGGCGGGAGCCAUGAACGCGCUGGUGAGAGCAUCUGCCAUCCUUUCCAAUGGACCCUUCAUCCUCAACUUGGACUGCGACCAUUACAUUUACAACUCUCUCGCGAUCCGCGAAGGCAUGUGUUACAUGAUGGACCGCGGCGGGGACCGCAUCUGCUACAUCCAAUUCCCUCAAAGAUUUGAAGGAAUUGAUCCCUCUGAUAGAUAUGCUAAUCACAACACUGUCUUCUUUGAUGGGAACAUGAGAGCCUUGGAUGGUCUCCAAGGUCCGGUGUACGUGGGAACGGGUUGCAUGUUCAGGCGUUACGCGCUAUACGGGUUCAACCCGCCGCGACCGAGGGAGUACUGGGGGAUAUUCGGACAGUAUAAGGUGGGGGCUCAUGGUAGUCACCACCAUGGAAUUGGAGACGACGAAGAUGCACAGCAGCCCCUGACAGCAGACCACAACAACCCAGACUUGGCCCUGCCGAAGAGGUUUGGGAACUCAACCAUGUUCACGGAAUCAAUUGCUGUUGCGGAGUUCCAAGGAAGACCGCUUGCUGAUCACAUCUCGGUGAAGAACGGUCGGGCUCCGGGGGCCUUGCUCGGGCCCCGCCCUCCCCUAGAUGCGCCGACCGUGGCAGAGGCCAUUGCCGUCGUGUCUUGUUGGUAUGAGGACAAAACUGAAUGGGGAGAGAGGAUUGGAUGGAUCUACGGGUCGGUGACAGAGGAUGUCGUGACCGGGUACCGCAUGCACAACCGCGGGUGGCGGUCCGUGUAUUGCAUCACAAAGCGCGACGCUUUCCGAGGGACGGCUCCGAUCAACCUCACCGACCGUCUCCACCAAGUCCUCCGGUGGGCGACCGGAUCUGUCGAGAUCUUCUUCUCCCGGAACAACCCGGCUUUGGCAAGCCGCCGCCUCAAGUUCCUCCAGCGGAUCGCCUACUUCAACGUGGCAGUUUACCCCUUCACCUCCAUCUUCCUGGUCGUCUACUGCUUCAUCCCAGCCAUGUGCAACUUCACCGGCAUGUUCAUCGUGCAAACCCUCAACGCGGAGUUCCUCUUGUAUCUCGUAGCGAUCACUGUCACGCUCAUGCUCAUAUCCCUUCUGGAGGUGAAGUGGGCUCGGAUAGGGCUAGAAGAGCUGUGGAGAAACGAACAAUUCUGGCUGAUAGGAGGGACGAGUGCUCACUUGGUGGCAGUGAUGCAAGGGCUGUUGAAGGUCAUUGCAGGUAUAGAGAUCUCCUUCACGCUCACCUCCAAGUCUGUGUCAGAGGACGAAGAGGACAUUUACGCCGAGAUGUACCUGGUGAAAUGGACCAGUCUUUUCAUAAUGCCCUUGACGAUCUUGGUGGUGAACAUCAUCGCACUCGUGAUUGGGUGCUCGAGGCAAAUCUACAGUGUGAUUCCUCAAUGGAACAAGCUGUUUGGCGGGGCGUUCUUCAGCUUCUGGGUGCUUGCACAUCUUUAUCCAUUUGCAAAGGGCUUGAUGGGGAGAAAAGGCAAAGUUCCUACCAUUGUUUAUGUCUGGACAGGCCUGCUUUCCAUCACACUCUCUCUUCUGUGGAUAUCAAUCAACCCCCCUCGAAACGCACAAGCAAGCGAAGGAGACUAGGCUGUACCCUGUCACGCUAUUAGAUACUGUAAACUCAUUCAUUCCUAGGCUGUACAUAUUUGUAAUUAUGCAUUAGUAGAUCAUUUAUUCUUUUUGAGAUUUCAUCAGAAAAGUUUUGAUGAAUUUGAUAUAUGUAUAGCACAAACACUAGUGUACAAAUCUGCUAAUCCAAUGUCAGCCUUGUAUGUACACAUUUGGCAAAAGACUACUGGGAAGGUUGGAAAUAUGGAGCAAAAGUGAAGCACAGAUUUCUGGGAAACACUACUACAAAUUGUUUUGCUUCGUAUCUUCCAUUUGUUAACCUUUUUAACUUGCAUUUUGAUAAAUAUGGUUUUGAGGAUGUAGCGAUACACUCAUGCACCCAAACUUUCACCACGCCUUCCCAUUCACACCUUCUGGUACCGAUGACCUUUUGCAGCAGGCAUUUAAAUGUCAUU